AAAGGAGAGUCGAUUCCAAUUCCUUGAAGAAGAUGGCAAUGGAUAAUAAUUCAGUUUUCUUCAAGACUGAUUUUGGUUCGAUACUUUCACAGAUUAAGGAUCAAGAUGAGCAAAUUCGUCUCAAAAGAAGGUGGCUUUUGGGUUGUGAUAUGUCUGACUCCACCAAGGACCAUACUCCGGGAAAGACUGAGUGAGUUCAUUACUUAGUUUCCAUUUGGUUUAGCUGAUUGAUUAUAUGACUAUGAACUCUUCUUCUUUGUUUUCGUUGUGAAACAGAUUCGUCCCUGAAUCUUUGCUUAGGGAAGAUGAUAUAUUCUACGAGACGAUAAAGUCGCGUGUAGAAGAGGCAUUUGGAUUUUGCAAGAAUCAACAAGUAGUAUGCAAUGAUGUUCAACAGAAGGAGUUAAAGUUCUGCGAUCUUGAACUUGUUAGAAAGCUUGAUUCUUUGACGAAUAAAGGUCUUUAUCUUAUUGCAAUGAUACUCACAGGAGGCUCUACUUCCUUUGACAAGACUCGAUUGAAAAUGAAAGAGAUUAUCAGAGAUUCGGUCAGGAGAGACUUCGGAAAGAAUAAAGAAGGUAUUGGUAAAGAAGAGAUUAUUAAUCAGCUCCAUCAAGUUCUUAGUGAUCCCGCAAAUUUCCGGGAAGAUUGCAGGAUGAAUUUGGGGAGAACACCUACUCUUCAUUCCCAUCGUGAUGCUGCAAUGAAGGUACUUAAUGAGCUAGAUAGUUUGUCUACUCAGACCCUACGUGCAAUGAAAAGGAAACUUAAAGGUUCAAGAAUGAUACCUCAAUUGAAAAAUAGUAGACGUGGUCAGCGUCGAAGUGAUCUGAUUAACCAAGUGAGGCAAGCUAGCGAGAAGAUGCUCUCAGAACUUUCUGCAGGGGAUAAACUGCAGGAGCAAUUGGCUAAAGCGUUGUCAGUAGUAGAUUUAUCACUUAAGCUAAGUCCUGGCUACAAAACUGCUGCUGCCACAGAUUUUUUUCGGUUCUCACCAGAAACAAAGAACCUGCAGAACGAGAUAGUGAAGGCAGUAUGGUUACUCCGUAAGGUUAGGUUUCGUGAGCUGAAAAGAUUGCAUCUUUGUUUAGACCCAGAAGCUGAAGUUUCUAAUGACAGCUUAAGAUCAGCGGUCAGAAAAACGUUGAUUGAAUAUCUGUUUGAGUGCAGUGAUCUGGACACCAUUCCAAAGUCUUUAAUGGAAGCUCUUUCAUUGGUCAACAGCAGGACGGGGAAUGUAGAGCAUAAGGUAUGUCCAAGGGAAGCAAUUGAGGAGGAGACAGAGUGUAUAUUAAAUGUGAGUGCUCAAGUGAAGCAAAUAUUUUGCCAAUGUAUUCCAAAUUAUGAACUCGAUCAGGACUUCGGUGAUGCUUAUAUGGAGGAUCUAGAAGACAGUGAUGAUAAUGAUGAUGAUGAUGAUGAUGAUGAUGAUGAUGAUGAGAAUUGUAAUUUAUUUGAUAACGAGAAAUUAGGUAAUAAAGAAGAGAGUAGAUGCCGAAACAUAAAGCUUGAAGUCAAAGACACUCAAGACGAUGCAAUGGAGUCCUCUGAUUCGGAUCAUGAAGAAAGUGGUGCAGAAUGCUUGGUUUUGGACCCGACUGAUUCUACACAUGAAACAAACCAGCAUGAUUUCAGCUCUUCUGUCAAUAGGGUGGUUGUAAGAGACCUGCCAGAGAGUAUUACAAGAGUCUAUCCUAGAUCUCUCUAUGUCACUCCCACGUCCAAUAAAUCAAUAGUUAUCAGUGAUAGACAUGACAUAGCUAUGAGCAAAACCCGAGUCAAGGUUGAGAGGGAUAUUGAGAUGGAAGUAGAUAAUCAGUUUAGCUCUCGGUCAUUGUUUUCUGUUGAAAACAUAAAGUCUGAUGAUCAUGGUGAGCAGAAGCCACGAAGAAGAAAUAAAAACCAGUACCUAGCAAUCCAAGAAAUUUCUGAUGAGACAAGCUUGGUUGCACAUAACCUAAUCGGCCGCUUGCUAGAGAAAUUUGCAGACCGUCAACGUCUAAACUUAGAAACGGAUGAACGUUCAUAUCUUGGAGGUGAAUCCAGGCUUCAAGAAAAAGUAGAAGUGAGUGAAAAAAAGCAAGCUUCAUCGCAGGCGAAGUCAGAUGAGGCGAUCAUUCUUUCAGUUGUCAAAGAGCAAAUAACGUCCCUAGAAGAGAGUGUCUUGAUGAGAUUAAAAGAGUUGAUGGAAGUGAGCUAGCAUCAGCAAAGUUAUAACCUUUCCUGCCUAAGUGAAGUAGCAAUGGAAUCAAGAGAGAAUCGGCAAAGGAUAUUGAGAUGAACACAACAAGGAAUACGAUUUUGCAUCACAUUGUAUUCAUUUUUACUUGGUUCUCAAUCCCCCUUUAGGGAAGAACUUAAGAGUGUACUCAUUUUUUUCUUUAUAUGAUAAGAUGAUCUUUGCCAUACAUUGAUCGUCAGCAUUAUUGUCCCUUAUCGAACGAAGGUUGUUGGUGAGAGUACGAGGCUGUCUUUAUUAUGCAUAGUGAGUCCGGUUAUAAGGACGAGAAUGGUUCUACAAAACAUCAUCAUUCUACGAUUCCACGGAUCACUUGUCAACGGUAAAGUAACA